ACUGCACUACUGAAAUAGCAAGCACUACUGAAAGUGAAAAGAGGGUUAAUACAGCACCACCACUCCCUCUUGAUCGGAUUCCCCCCAAAAACAAGGGAGAGAGAGAUGGAAAGCAAACCCUAGCGACUCUCUUCCUCCAAUAGUGGGAGUCUUUUCCUUGUGUUAAGAGUUUGUUAUGGCUUCAAAGAGGAUUCAUGCAGUAUUCAGCGUGUGUGCUAUUUGGGCAAUUGUUUUCUUCACGAUCGUCCCUAAUCAAGCCCUCGCAAAGUCUCGCCGCCACCCAAUUUCGGACAAUGAGAUCAGAGAAAAGAAAAACCAGUGCUACGAAGACAUCGAGAGUGGAUUGUGGGGUUGGCAAUGCAAGUCUUCGAUGAUAGCAAAGGAGAAUUGUGCUUUGCGGUGUCUUUCACCUACUUGUUUUGAGCUCAUUUAUGAGGGCGACCCGUUAGAAGAAGGAGAGAAAGACUAUUUCAGAAGCCAGGAGUACAAGUACUGUAUGCACAAGUUAUCAUUGGGAGAGAGCCUGGAUGGUAUAAAAGGUUCCUUCAACUACUAGACGAAUCGAAUAUAAAGUGGCAACUGUGUAGUCCGAUUGUGUUGGUUGUGUUGAGUGUCUGUUUUUCAAUCAAAAAACACCGGCUUGUAUAUUUAUGUAUUGGAAUUUUUUCUCAUUCCUUUGUUUGACAAUUUGUUUUAUUUCUGAUGUUUGAAGCAAUCUUCAAAUUGAUGCAAUUCAGCUAGAGUUCAGACAGAUCCUAGUUCACUUGAUGUCCAACAGAGGUAGUAAGUACACACUUUAGACCCAUGUCAUUGUGAUAUAUGUAUGUACCAAUCAGACCUGACCUAAUUUUUAAUGUCAUAAUUAGGGCAUCACCUGUUCUAACAUUUUACC